AUGGAAGGACAGCUUAAGACAUCGACACGCCCUGCAAGUGGUAUACCACGUCCUGCAAGCGGCAUUCCACGACUUACUUCAAGAUUGCCUUUACCCACGACCACCGCAUCAAAAUCGAUCAAACCCUCACCUUCCCGAGACAGAUUACGAGCCGAUCCUGGCCUGGACGAAAGGAGGCUGCGAAGACCAUCUUACAAUACGCUCGUGAAAAAACCAUCCUCGCACCAUUUGUCGCCACCCAAGCCGCAGGAUGAUCCUAUCCCGGCCCUCGAGCAAGACCAUAAACAAGGCGGGGAAGACGAUACAGAUGUUCCAGAGGAGGCGAGCUCGACUGCUGGAGAUGAUGACACUGUAUCAAUUGCAUCGGCCCAAGAAGCACGCGGUCGCCGUGGAGUACGCCCAUCUUUGUCUGAGCGUACACUUGAGACGCUAGCGCAAAUUCCACCAUCACCGGCUUCGGUGAGAAGGCAGUCCAGCUUUUUCAAUGGCAGCAGCCCGGUACGAUCUCCAUCUCGCGCCCCAUCCAAUGUGUCCAAUGUCUCGAGAUCGCCAUCGAGGGCAUCAUCUUGCGCGCCGCCUAGCAACGAGCUAUCUAUACAGCCUGUUUCGCAGCUGCGUCUUCCCUCUAAGGCUCGUAUGUCGACUGCUGGAUCACUUUCUCCAAUCCGCGGCUCGGAAGAUAGCAUGAGCCCCUCAAGAUUGAAGCGGCCGUCCCCCAGACAAAGUAUUGCACCAGGAGACGGUGUCCACACGGACGUCAGUUCGCCGCUCAAGAAAAAUAUACCUGAAAGAUCGAUUGGCAACAAGGAUACACCAAAACCAUCGCUUAUCCGUCCAUCACCUAUCAAGACCUCCACAAAGCCUGCUAAGUCAAAUAUGGGCCCCCCAGAAAGACCCCUUCAAGUGAAGAAAACAAGAAAACCCCAAACAGAGCAGGUGUCGACCUUAGGCUCUCCCUCGACGGCUUCAAGAUAUGUGUCUGCUUCUUCCAACAUGCCUGAUGACCUGUCUCCAGAGCAACAGGCCGAAAUUGAAGCACGAAAAGUCUCCAAAUCGUCCAGUACGCUACGUGAAACUAUAGCAAAGGCAAAGGCUGCUCGCAAAGCGAUAGCGGCCGGAGAGAAGAAGGAAAGCCCACAAAAGCAAGUCUAUCAGGCCCCGCCCAUUGAUGCGCCUCCCGAUUCGUGGGCGGGCGGCGACGACGAUGAUCCUUUCAGCCAACUGCCCAAGGGGUCCAACUCUUUGGUGAUGCGGAAGCGCGUUCAGACAGCACGCGCGACCGGCCAGUUGAACAUCGCGGCCUUUUGUUUAAAAGAGAUUCCAAAAGAAGUGCUGACGAUGUACGAUUAUGACCCAGAGAACUCUGCGAACUGGUUCGAAAAUGUUGAUCUUGUCAAAUUUAAUGCCGCGGACAAUGAGCUGGAACAGAUCUCAGAUGCCACCUUUCCCGAUAUCAACCCCGAGGAGUUUGAUCCCGAUAGCGAUGAUCGUGGACUUCAAUUUGGGGGUCUUGAAACGUUGGAUCUCCAUGGCAAUAUACUCAAAUCACUCCCGAUGGGUCUUCGACGUCUGCAAAACUUACGCACUCUCAAUCUAUCGAAUAAUUCUUUGGACAUGGCCAACAUCGAGAUGAUCUCAGAGAUAAAGUCUCUGACAGAUUUGAAACUUGCGAAUAAUCAACUGCAAGGGGAACUCACUGCGGUCAUUGGUCGUCUUCCUAACUUGGAAUUUUUGGAUCUGCGUGGAAAUACUCUCACCAAGCUCCCAGAUGAGCUCGUUGGGUUGAGUUCUCUGAGAACAUUGGAUGUCAGUGAGAACAAGUUCACAUCUUUGCCGUUCGAGGUCCUCAGCAAACUUCCCCUGAGAACGCUCAAUGCGCAGAAGAACAGGCUGGAAGGCACUUUGAUACCGGCAUCAGUGAACAAGUUGGAGAAAUUGCAGUCCCUGAAUAUCGCCAAUAAUGCUGUAGUGGUCUUCUCAGCCGAUGACGCGCUUGAACUUCCUAAUUUACAUACUCUCCUGAUCGGUGUGAAUCGCAUCGCGCAUCUCCCACGCAUGACUUCUUGGCAGUCAUUAUUAACGCUGUCUGCCGAAGAAAACAAAAUUGCAGAGCUUCCACAAGGGUUUGAGGAGCUUAAGAGCCUCAAGAAGGCCGAUUUCACAGGAAAUGCCCUCACGCGCUUGGAUGAGAAGAUUGGACUAAUGGAAAACCUUGCCUCUUUACGGGUUUCCAAUAACCCACUUCGUGAGCGCAGGCUGCUGAGAAUGGACACCGACGAUAUCAAACGAGACUUGCGGAGCCGCUGUGAGCCUGAUCCUCAGGACACAGAUGACGAGGGCUCAGUGGCCACGCAAUUUACUCUAGCGCCUGAGAGUCCCGCGCUCGAUGGGAGCUGGCAAAUUAAAUCCGGUGGGACUCUUGACAAGUCUUAUGCCGAAAUGACCGACCUUAAGGUGGAACAGCUGGAGAUGAUUCCAUCGCUAGACAUUCGAUGUCUCUAUCUGCAGCACAAUGAGUUGAGAUGUUUCCCGGCCCCCGCAAUUGGAAUGCUCGCGCAGUGUCUGGUUGAGCUUGAUCUCUCACACAACCCCUUGAAUGGCGCUGACUUCUUGUCUUCCUCGCUUGAGUUGCCAAAACUUCAGUCGCUGACUUUGAAUGCGGCUAGCUUGACGUCAUGGGAGCCUCUCUUGUCCAACCUGAUAGCCCCAUCUUUGACAUUCUUGGAUGUAUCGCAUAAUCGUUUGAAGGGACCACUCCCCCAUCUGAGACAGAUUUACCCAGAGCUCAAGACCCUUGUGGCCUCUGACAACCAAAUCGCUAGUCUGGACUUCGAAGCCGUAAGAGGGUUGCAGGUGUUGGAGCUAAGCAACAAUGACCUUGAUUCGCUUCCCCCGAAGAUUGGCCUGCUGGCUGCUGGACGCUCUCCUCAGAACUGGGGCAGUGGAUCGGCCUUGAGACGUUUUGAGGUGGCAGGAAAUCGGUUCCGAGUACCUCGCUGGCAAGUAGUUGCCAAAGGAACGGAUGCGAUUUUGGAAUUCUUGCGAGAUCGGAUUCCCAUUGGUGAUCUGCCGGAAUGGGAGCAAGAACACGAAGCUCCAGAGGAAGACUUCUAG